AUGGAGCCAGACUUUGCCAGUCCGGAAGAAGAUGCCGGAGACCAGCAAGUGACCUUCCAAGAUGCGGAGCUAAUGAACGAAGCCAGAAUCGUGGGUGAGGGUCCUUCGCCGUCUUUCUACUUGGACAUGGGCCAAACCAUCGUCGAAGUUGUUGUGAUCUCAUCGGAUUUUGCACCUCAGGGGUGUUCGGAGCCGAUGACAUUGCUGGCGUUGCCGGGCAAAGCACUUGGGCGACGAAAGGGCGCCCAAGCUGGGCAUCGUGCAAGUUUGACAGUCCCAGUCACAGGUCCGUUAGAUGCGUUGGAUGUUGGGCUCAAAGUCGACGUUGGUGUUUUCACCGUGGUCGACAGCCUCUUGGGCGAAGACGAGCUACCAGACCCUGGAGCCGAUACUUUCAGCUUCCUGGACGCUGUUGGGAAUCCACUCAGGAGCAGCAGAAACAGUGGCCUCAGGGUGGUGGACUUCGAAGCUGCAGGCUGCCAAGGCAAAGUCUGCGCCGGCCAAAGCUGCGGGGUACUCGCGGCCUUCCGCACUCAAACCGAAGUCGAAGUUUACGGUGAAACUUCCGGGGCCACCUUUGCUGGACGGAGCCAAGUUGGUCGAGUCCGGUGUCGACGCAGCUUCUGCGCAGGCGAUCUUGGAUGCUUUGGGCCAAGGGGCCACGCACAAACCCUUCUGAAUGCCAUUCCUCCAGCUUUGCCUGCGGCACCUCUGGACGAUGGCUUGGGAUUGGGAGAGCUCGCAGACAAGAGCUUGGCCUUGCAGGCUUUUCGGAUUCUGCAGGAGUUUCGGCAGCCGGAAGCUCAGGAGGCACAGUCCGUUACACCUUCGUCUCCGGCCAUCGUGCAAUCCUCUGGCCUGCGAUCGCAUCGGACGUAUGGGGCGAAGCGGUGCUUGGGCAUCUCAAAGACAGGUGUCUUGCCACUCGAAGCCAUCAGUUUGACGCUUCCUUUGGUUUUCCUGGAGAAGGACCCCGUUAUGUCCAAGGAAGGUGACUCCUUCAAUGCUGACCUGAUUCUGACCGCUGUUCAUAGGCUCAAGCAGAAGUUCCUCUCACUCUGCAUUCUGGCCCCACUCAUGUAUGCUGAUCUGCGAGCUGGGUUUAGUAGCGAGUUGCAGACGGUUGAUGCCAGCUCAGAGAAGAUUGCUGUGGUGAAAGCUGAAGAGGAAGAGUUGCCCGCUGGUGAGCUUCUGGAGGAAGCAUCCACUCCGCUCUUUGAGGGAGUAGAGUUGUUUGCUUGUGGGGAGUUCCUAGUCAAUGGGGAAAGCUUGUGUUGGAUCGCGGGGCUCCCUGGAUGCUUGCUUUCGGUGGCAGCGGCGCUCGUUCGUGAAUGGUCGGUUGCUGCCUUGGGAGUUUUUCCUCAGU